CUUAGAUCAUGCAUUAUAUUUUGGUUAAUUUAAAAUUGUUUGAAUUGGAUACUCUGGAUAGCAAAUCGAAUUUCGUUAUUAAAAUCAUUGUUUUCUUAAACAAAGUUAAUGGGACGAAGUCGUACUCCAUCGCCCGGCCGACGAAGGGAUCGAUCCAGAGAAAGAGAUCGAGAUCGACGAAGAAGACGAUCACGUGAAAGGAGAAGAAGGUCGGUAGAACGAGAUAGGGUUAAAUCAAGAGAACGAGAUAGGGAACGAGAUCGCGAAAGGCACAGAAGAUCUUACAGUAAAUCUCGAUCAAGAGAGCGUGUUAAACCAAAAUUUAAACCCGCGGAGCGUCCAAUAAUUACAGAGGCUGAUUUGCAAGGUAAAACUCCUGAAGAACAAGACAUGAUGCGUCUGAUGGGUUUCUGUGGUUUCGAUUCAACCAAAGAUGGAAGUGGAGAAGGGACAAGCUGGAUGAUGAGACUGGAAGAAAUGAUAGAAAGAAAGGGGCAUAUAGUAGGGAAAGGCCAAACGCGUACUCCUAUACAAGGACAGUGAAGUGAUAAAAAUAAAGAAAACGUCAAUUCAUGUUAACGGAAAUGGUAAGAGGAAACAGAAGCCAAGGAAACUCUAUAGUCAGCAAAUCUCGACAAUAAUUGUGAAGACAAAGCGAUAACAUAUAAUUUAAUAUAAUUAGAAUGUUAUAAUUUACACAGUAAGUAUCAUUAAGGUAGUAUAAGAGGUUUUAUAACCUACUGUAAAGGGAGCGGACGCCCUCAAACCCGUAAAAGGGAGAUAAUA